AUGGAAACCCAUGAAGAGGAGGACUGUUCAACUAGACCAUCCAGCCUCUCUUUCGGUGAAAGGCGUGGAACGAAACCACUCGGUUUCCUCACGACCUGUUCUCGCUAUCCCAUCUUCGUUGGUUCGUUCUUGCUGGGCCGCUGGGUUGCAUAUCGGGAGACCACCACCACCACCACCACCACCACCACCAUCCACGGGCCGGCAUCCCCUGUAUACCUAGCGGCUAGCUUCUCCAAGAUUCGCGAGGAUGAUGGAUUCCAGGGAGACUCUUCCAGAGCGCUGCUUUCUAGUGUGAACAGUACCUGCGUGCUCCUAUUUGCAAUCAAUCGCCACGCGAAUGGACAAUGCGAUUGUCUGGACACCAGCAUCAAGGAGAGUCGUAUAGGCGCCCCUCCUAGAGCUAAGCGAUCAAAGUCGAGGGAUGAGGUUGACCGACGCCUUCAAGAAUCCAAAGCGGAGUUCCUCAGGCCCGGCCCGCCCGGUCAAGAACACCCCCUUCCCGACGACGGAGUGACGGCCCCAAGCGCCAGGAGAAACAAAGAAAGCCCGCCGGGCGCGGCGGGCCUCGACGACACACGCCCGCUAACGUUAGCGCCCGAAACCCCCACAAUGCAGAAGCGGCAGAAUCCCGAGGCCACAGGCGGUCAAGCCACAGAGAACCGAACCCCACCAAACGAAUCUACCUUUACCCCUCCACCCACCUCCUCCCCCUCGGAUCGAACUUUCUCAUUUUUGAAGAUAUUCCCAAACGACCAAAAAAAACCAAACCCAGACACCCCUUCCGCCUACGCCUCCCGACACGCACCACCACAACUUCAUAUGAACCCUGUAUCGAAUCAAUAA